CGGGAGAGGGUGCGAGGGCCUUCCUUGCGAUUUUUUUCUUUCUCCGCCCCCUCCGAGCCGCGCCCCCUUCCUGGACCGUGAGAGAGUUUUUUUCUGCUACCUCAAUUCUUUGGAAAGAAGAGGACGAAUGGAACUACUUGAUUCUUUGAACAACUAGAGAUGAUUCUGGUGUUAUAGCAGAAUCUCCAACAGCAGUCACACCUUAUCCUCUUGUCAAAUAAUGGAGCCCUGUACCUCAGAUGAAUUUUUUCAGGCUCUCAACCAUGCUGAACAAACUUUUAAAAAGAUGGAGAACUAUCUUAGACAUAAUCAACUGUGUGAUGUGGUGUUAGUUGCUGGUGAUCGUAGAAUUCCAGCUCACAGAUUGGUUCUCUCCUCUGUUUCGGACUACUUUGCAGCAAUGUUCACUAAUGAUGUAAGGGAAGCAAGACAGGAAGAAAUCAAGAUGGAGGGAGUGGAGCCAAAGGCACUGUGGGCCCUGGUUCAAUAUGCAUAUACAGGUCGCCUUGAAUUAAAAGAAGAUAACAUUGAGUGCCUGUUGUCUACAGCUUGCCUUCUUCAGCUCUCUCAGGUUGUAGAAGCAUGCUGUAAAUUCCUAAUGAAGCAGCUUCAUCCAUCCAAUUGCCUUGGAAUCCGAUCUUUUGCUGAUGCGCAGGGUUGCACUGACUUGCACAAGGUGGCUCACAAUUACACUAUGGAAAACUUCAUGGAAGUAAUUAGAAAUCAGGAAUUUCUGUUAUUGCCAGCCACUGAAAUUGCUAAGCUUUUAGCAAGUGAUGACAUGAAUAUUCCUAAUGAAGAAACUAUACUGAAUGCACUACUUACAUGGGUUCGACAUGAUUUGGAACAGAGAAGGAAAGAUCUCAGUAAACUCCUGGCUUACAUUAGACUGCCUCUGCUUGCUCCACAAUUUCUGGCAGAUAUGGAGAACAACGCACUCUUUAGGGAUGACAUUGAAUGUCAAAAACUCAUUAUGGAAGCAAUGAAGUACCAUCUGUUGCCAGAGAGACGACCUAUGUUGCAAAGCCCUCGCACCAAACCUAGAAAAUCUACAGUGGGCGUUUUGUUUGCAGUUGGAGGAAUGGAUGCAACAAAAGGAGCUACAAGCAUUGAAAAAUAUGAACUUCGUACCAACACAUGGACUCCAGUUGCAAACAUGAAUGGACGAAGAUUACAGUUUGGAGUUGCAGUCUUAGAUGAUAAAUUGUUUGUUGUUGGUGGCAGAGAUGGACUGAAAACAUUGAACACUGUGGAGUGCUACAACCCUAGAUCAAAAACUUGGAGUGUAAUGCCACCAAUGUCCACUCAUCGUCACGGUCUUGGAGUAGCUGUAUUGGAAGGUCCCAUGUAUGCUGUAGGAGGACAUGAUGGCUGGAGCUACCUGAAUACAGUGGAAAGAUGGGAUCCACAGGCUCGUCAGUGGAACUUCGUAGCUAGUAUGUCAACUCCCAGGAGCACCGUUGGUGUAGCAAUAUUAAAUGGAAAGCUUUAUGCAGUUGGUGGUCGAGAUGGAAGUUCUUGUCUUAAGUCAGUAGAAUGUUUUGAUCCUCAUACAAACAAAUGGACUCUCUGUGCUCAGAUGUCAAAAAGAAGAGGUGGUGUAGGUGUAACCACCUGGAAUGGGUUCUUGUAUGCAAUAGGGGGCCACGAUGCUCCAGCAUCCAACUUAACAUCCAGGCUGUCAGACUGCGUAGAAAGGUAUGAUCCCAAAACAGAUAUGUGGACUGCUGUGGCCUCUAUGAGCAUUAGCAGAGAUGCAGUGGGAGUGUGUCUUCUUGGUGACAAGUUGUACGCUGUUGGAGGAUAUGAUGGUCAAACAUAUCUUAAUACUGUGGAGUCUUAUGAUCCCCAGACAAAUGAAUGGACACAGGUUGCACCACUGUGCUUAGGAAGAGCUGGAGCAUGUGUUGUGACUGUAAAACUCUGAAUUAUUUUCUCUGGGAAGGUGACAUUCUCCUGUGUAGACUCAGAGGAUUACUUUUUCCUCAAGCAAACUACGAGUGCACCAGUAAACACCAGGUGCAGGAUAUCUACCACAGCAAAGUGUUUGGUCUGAAGCUGACCUGAUGUUCCUAUGGACCAGUAUUAAGCACUUUUUAAAAACUUACCUUUGUUAUGCAUAUGUUACAAGAAUUCUACUUGUAAGUAAGUCAGCUGCAACCUGCCAGUUGGCAGCAGAGAACUUCUGUUUAGGAAGCGCUAAGAAAAUGAAUGAACUCACUAUAAUAAUCCAAUGUUAUGGUUCCAGGGCCUUGAUUUCCCCAAAUGCAGAGCAAUGAUGCUAUAAAUGGAUAUACUUUGGUAUAAUUUGGUCUAUCUUUGGGUGAAACAAGUUAUAGGAUUGCACCCCAUAGAUUUAAUUUGCUUGUAAUAAAUGCAAGUAGCUAUCUGAGUGACUACAGGCAGGCUAACAAACCAAUGCAAACUAUUGUAAAUGGCAGGUGUAAUGCCUGCCUUGGAAAUGAAGUUGUGUAUUUGACGAAUCUUUUGCACUUUUUAUCAUCAUUCCUAGUUUAGCAAACUUUUUAUUUAACCAAAGCCUUAUUUUAAAUAUUGUCUUAUGCUAACAGAAACCUGCUAUUUAAUAAUUUCUGAUAGAUAUUUUAUACAUCCAGUAUACUUUUUUGGAUUUUCAAAAUUGUUAUGCAAGAUGCAUCAUACCUUUUCCCCUGCUUUGGUUCUUGUAUUUACUUUGCUAUUUGUAUGAGUUAUUGGAAGAAUUCUAAAGUGUGAUAAACAAUUAACCAAUUUAAGUUUAAUAUUUGCACUUUGGAAUUUUUGAAGCAUUCCAUUACAUCUAGACUAUUUACAUUUUUAAAUGAGGCUUUGCACUACUAUGAGAAGUAUAAUUUUAUAAGAUGAAGAAAUUGUCUGUCUUUCCUGUAAGGUUAUUUAAAAAUGUAAAGGGCCCAAUCCUGCCAGAUGCUCAGCUGCCAGCAUUGAAGCAUGUUCAGCAUCUUACAGGAGAAUGAUGUGUGCCUCGCAGGACUGUAUCAAAUGAAUUACCUUAUUUAAGUUACCUAAUUUUUUCAGAUACUUUAUAAUUUGCCUUUCUCGAGCCCUCUGCUGUUACACCGAAUUGGUUUGAACGGUCUAAAUGUUCUCGAGAGAAGCCUUUUUGUAUUUGCUUUUAUGUGCCUUGUCCCUUAUGUUCAUCGAACAGCGCCGCGCGUUAAAAACGGGAAGAUGUGAACUCAUUGGAUGUUUUGGGUUUGUUUUUUUUUAAAAAAAAAAAAAAAGUUUUAAGUGCCCGAUACCCAAAGUCCUUUGUAUAUUUGUAAUUUUAAACGUGUGUUUUAACGCUCUCGGCGAACUAUUUAUUGUUUUAAAAGAAAUCGGUGAUACUUUGUGAUGAAGCUUUGCAGUUGGAAUACAGCUGAUCUCAAGAGGC